AUGUUCUUCAGUGAUUCCCACUCCCGGUACGAGGAUCUGGUGCGCGACGACGAGGCAGGCGACCUCCACGCCGUGGCGGAGAGGGCGUUCGGGCACCAAGGAUUGGGGAUCGUGGUCGUCACCGGCGUCCCCGACGUCGCGGGGGCCCGCCGGGAGCUGUUCGCCUUGGGGCACAAGUUUGCGGCGCUUCCGGAGGAGACGAAAGCGCGGUACGAGCACCCCCAGAGCUGCUUCAGCUUCGGGUGGUCGCACGGCAAGGAGAGCCUGGAAACAGGCGGCCCCGACCUCGCCAAGGGGUCCUUCUAUGCUAACCCCUGCUUCGACGCACCGUUCGGAGGUGACGGAGGCGGUAGCGGGAGCGGCGCCGCCGCCAUCGCCGCAGGUAGCGGCGAAGACGGCGGCGUGGAAGGUCGUGGCCCAGACCGUCUUCUCCACCGCCCUGAAAAAGGCGAUCAUUGCGGUGGCAAUAACGCGGGCGAAGAAGGAGGCGGCGGCGGCGGCGGCGGUGUUGGUGUUGGUGGUGAUAGUGGCCCGGCGGCGGCGGAGGCGGCGGCGGCGGCGUUGGUGGAGAAGUACCCUUCCUUUGCGCACCCGAACGUCUGGCCCGACGCGGAUGUACCCGGGUUUUCCGCGGCCUUCAAGGCUCUCGGGCGGGCGGUCGUGCGGGUCGGGGGACUUGUGGCACGGCAAUGCGAUAGGUGAGUCAUGGGGGGUUCGGGGGUGGAGGAGGGCGGAGUGGCGAGGGUGACACUCGUGCGGUCUUGGGCAUGUACCCGUUGUUUGCGGGGACGGGUUGCACCUAUGUGGUAGGGCGUGCGGAGACAUAGGCUUGGUCGUCUCGAGAAGGAUAGGGCAAACGUUUGGCGGUACGAGCGUGUGCUUUUCGAUGGGGGGAGGGAAGGACAAGGUGGUAUGUGUGUGUGUGUGUACAGCAAACAAGACUCGUCGCUGUCGUUUUCGAGCCGUUUGGUUUUAAAACCACCGCGCACCUUCCCGCUAGAGUCCGCUCCGCUGCCGUUCGUGAUCUCGAAAAAGAAGCGGUGGUAGCGGGCACAGCAAGCGAUCU